GCACUUUUUGUMAUUCAUGCAAGCACAAGUGUUCUGAAUCAAUCAGAAAUAGAGGAGAGGCCUAYCCCCAUKGAGUGUUGUAGUAGGGGAGCAAGAAGAAAAUCAAAAAUACUACUAUUCUGCAUGCCAUAAAUUACUAACUUCAUUGUCUAUUGAGAGUUUUGGUUCAUAAUGAAGAAACAGCAAAAACAAAUCCAACAAUCUAAACCAGCUGUUAGUAAUAUCUACGAGAAAAUCAUCAUUUGGCUUAUUGGCACAGGGCACUGCCUGUUCCCACCAACACUAUGACCAAGCACAUCCCCAAGGGGGAGGACGAUAGUAGGGGCCUUUCUUGCAGAACUGUCAUGGUUAGCUUAUUGAACUGUUUGGGGUCAAAAGAGUGGACAAAGACUAGUAGGUCUUUGUAGAAUCUGGUAAUCAAAAGAAAAAAAAGGGGCUACAAAAUGAACUGUGAUUUUACUAGUAAUAAUUUUGGCGUUUGAGUAGAGUGCCUUUUUGCCAUAAAGGGCGUGAUACUUCAUAUCGAAUUAACUGGUACGCUACGUAACCGUUGAGCAGCUCAACAUUUCCAUGUACUCAGCGCUAGUGGUAUUUUUUAGGUACAUGAUUUUGUUGAGCAGAUCGCGCGUACAAACACUAGUUAUUUUUUGCCUAAGUACAUGCACCUCAACUGGUUACAAAACCGCGCGGACUGAAUUUUGUAACCAGAAUUUUGUAACCAAACCCUUCCUUAAGGAGAGCCCAUAUUUUUACACGAUACUACUGCUAGUCUGGUUACAAAAAAAAAGGGUCUGGUUACAAAAACAGGCGCACCAGUGCGCUUCUGCGCGCUUGUAACCAGGCAAAUGCACCUCAACAGGUACAAACUAAAAAACUGUCUUCAGUACUGUAAAUACGGAGUAUCAGUACCAGUAGUACACAGUACAGUAUCUUGAACGAGGAGUACUAAAUUCAGUGAAAAACUCAUCUCAAUUGCUAUUCCAGUACAAACUCGUGUAGAAAACACCGCAGAAAUAUUGAUUUGCAGGGGGAAACAAGCAAAACACCAACCAGCAGAGGAACGCCGUAUCGUAUCAGCAACUCGUAUUAGCAACUCGUAUCAGCGUCCUCCGUAUCAGUGUCCUCCGUAUCAGCGACUCGUAUCAGCGGCUCCGCCGUAUCAGCAGCGACCACUCGUCCUGCGUAUCAGCAUCCUCUGUAUCGUAUCAGUGUCCUCCGUAUCAGCAACUCGUAUCGUAUCAGCGUCUCAUUUCAGCGUCCUCCGUAUCAGCGUCUUGUAUCAGCGUCUCGUAUCAGCAUCCUCCGUAUCAGCAUCCUCCGUAUCAGCGACGCUACGUAUCAGCGAUGCAGUGAUUGGCUGAGUACAUGGAAAUGUUGAGCUGCUUCAACGGUUACGUAAAUAACUGUGGAAGAGCUCCGCUUCAGCCCAACAAGUACUUUCUUCAGCAACACCAACAACAAGCUCUCGAGCUAAAGCUCUCGAGCUUGUUGGUGGUGUUGCUGAAGAAAGUACUUGCAGUAACCUCACUUCGAUCUCGAGCAAGCUCUCGAUCUCAGUGAUGUUACUGGUGUACCCAAAUCGUACCAGAAAAUGUACUCUGUUGAGCUUCGUGUUAUUAUCACGAGAAGAGUUUUUGUACCGUGGGUUCUCGAGCUAAAGCUCUCGAACCCACGGUACAAAAACUCUUCUCGUGAUAAUGACACAAAGCUCAACAGAGUACAUUUUCUGGUACGAUUUGGGUACACGCGCUGCGCGAGCUCCUCCACAGUUGUAUCACAUGCACGACUCAAACGAGUCUCUCUAUUUGCGCCAGUAACCAUUCGACCACCAUCCAUUUCCAUUUUUGAAGGACUCUCUCUUUCUUGUUCUUCCCACAACCCGACUGAUUCCAAUCCAUUAUUUGAAUAAAGAAUUUAAUUUGAAGAYUGAUCGCAUUCGCACAACCUCCAGGGGAAUGUUGAGCGCAUACACGAGAUAAGAGUCGGGAAUAUAAUCUUUUUGCCAAGCACUGCAGCUUUUAUCCAUCAUGGCGAUAAGAAAGGGAGGAUCGUCGUCGGGAGAAACCAAAGUCAAGCCUGCCCAAGUCGCCAAGCAAAUCAAAACACUGCUGAAGGAACUGCCUGAGAUCCGUGCUGAUGCAGCGAGACUCGACGAGCUUAGACGCGUUUUUACUAGGUUAGAGGCGGCGGGAGAAUUGACUUUCACUGUAGGAGCUCAAUCUGAUUCUAGUAGCGCCAACAAUUCAGUCACUGCUAAAUGGUGUUCCUUCCUACGAAAGUCUCACGAUGACAUGGUUUCCCAGCUGUGUGAAAGGGUGAAACUGGGACGACACGCAUCCAUCAGAUGUUUGUGGGGAGUGAUUGCUGGAUCCCCAAUAACAAGUGUAUCGAAGGUUACGAACAACACGAAUCGCAAAGGGUAUAAAAAYAGUUCAUCGUCAUCGUCGUACAAAUACGUCAAUGCCGACAUUUUGAAAAACUGGAUGAGGGCUAUGGCAUUACAGGAGUCGUCUGUGAUGGAUAAGGGGAUGAGRCAUAUGAUAGAAGCUGAGUUUUUUUCUCCUUACCGAGAUAUCCAGUAUUUUUCACUUGGUGCCAUCUCGAAGAUAGCGUCGUCAGUCUACGAUGGCGACGACGAUGACGACGAAAAGACCAAAGUUGGUGGGAAACUACUCGAACUACUAAUGAUGAUUCCAGUUCCCUCUUCUGAUGAUGAUCUUGACGGCAGCAARCAAUUUCUCUUCCCUCCGCCUUCAAAUGUCACACCAGUAGAUGAAACUGAGGUUGAAAGCGAAGAAAGUGAAGAAGAAACAGAUGAGGAGAGCGACAUGGAUUCUGAAGAUGAAUCAUCUAGUGAUACCGAACGCCUCAAAGAGGAAACAUUGGRAAGUAGACCCAAGAAGCGUCAAAAGAAAGAAAGCACACACAGGUUUUCUUUCCAACAAAYUCGGAUGUUUCGACGKGAAUAUAAGAAAGCUUGGCUGGCUGUACUAAGAUUGCCGCUUCCCGUGKCUUCUCUGAAAAAAGCUCUUCAUGUUUUGCCUCAAAAUGUCCUGAACUAUGUGGCACAGCCUCUACGUUUUGCUGAUUUUUUUAUGCAAGCUUAUUCUGAUCAUAGCUCGGGAAUUAUUGGUGUACUCGCCUUGGAUGGACUGUUCUUGUUGAUAACAAAAUGUAAGAUUGCGUUGUUUCGUUAGUUGACCGUAUCAYUUGUGACAUUUUGCAUACCUAUCCUGUUUUUCAAAACGAUCAAAUACCACUCACUUAAAAUCUCUCAUUAUUCGAUUGCGUCAAAGAUGGCCUGGAGUAUGAAAAUUUUUACACUCAACUCUACAAGCUGGUGUCGUCGAGGCUAAUGUAUGCGAAAUAUCGCGCUAGAUUCUAUUCCCUGAUGACGAAAUGUUUGGUGCUCAAUACGAUGCUACCCGCUCAUCUCAUAGCAGCGUUUAUUAAACGUCUUUGCAGAUGCGCCCUUAGCGCUCCACCCCCGAGUGCACUGUUCGCGCUAGCUUUGGUUUCCAACCUCCUCAAAAAACAUCCGGAAUGUUACUGUCUAGUGCAACGCAAGGAAGGCAUGGAAAUAGAAGAUUGUUUUGUGGCCGACGUAGAUGAUCCAGUCGAAUGCCGUGCUCUACRAAGCUCAUUGUGGGAAUUGGCUGUCUUUGAAAGACAUUACUAUCCGGCGGUGGCAACCCUUGCGAAGUCCAUUGGACGAGCAGAAGAAGACCAAGCCCCUUUGUAUAACAUCGAUGAGUUUGCAAGUCAUACUUAUGCGUCCCUUUUUGAUCAAGAGAAGAAGAAGAAGACUAAGACUGCUUUGACGUUUAAGAAACCAACUUCRCUCUUCACAAAUGACGACAUAUUUUUCGGAUGUGUGGAGACUGGAGACACGGAAAAAGAAAAUUAAAUAUUUGUCGACAACGUACCAGUGUGCAAUUGGUGGAAUUCCAGCACAUGAACCUAUAGCCCAUGCACCCCCCUCCAUCAUGUUAAGUCUGUAAGAGAAUUGGUUUUGUGGUUGCAGAACAAUUCUAUCAAAUUUUGGCGUGAUAAUGGGUUUCGUAUUAUUUUGGUCAAUCUGACACAACUUCAACCCACAGAACCAUCAGAACAUUGAAUUGGCGAAAUUCCAGCACACGAACCUAGAGCCCAUGCACCCCCCUCCAACAUGAUAAAACUAGAUGAGAAUUGGUUUUGCGGUUGGAGAACAAUUCCAUCAAAUGUUGGCGUGAUACUAGGUUUACUACUAUUUUGGUCAAUCUGACACCAAUUUCAACCCACAGAACCAUCAGAACAUUAAAUUGGUGAAAUUCCAGCACAUGAACCUAGAGCCCAUGCACCCCCCUCCAACAUAUUAAAUCUGAAGAGAAUUCGUUUUGUAAUUGGAGAAUGGCAGAGAUCAUAUGUUGUAACGGUUGCUAUCGACAUUUAUCGUCCUUUCGUAUUUGUACCAGUGAGAACAUGCUCCUUCCGUUUGCGCUCUCGUUCCCGUCGCUUUGUCCUAUUUUUUUCAAGCUGAUCAAUAGAAUCAGUAUCAUUCG